AUGGCUUCAUCAACAACAGCUUCUUGGCUUCGAAGUGAAAAACAACGAGUAGAUGCUUUAGAUUUAAAUACUUAUAAGAUGCUUUGUGAUAAACAACAACAACAACGGCUUCAUGAUGAAGAAGAACAACGGCUUCAUGAUGAAAAAAAACAACUA